AUGUUCACAGAAAAUUGCCGAGAGUCAUUCCGUACUCCAGUAUGGGGACGCAGCUUCUUUCGAUGGAUCUAUGAGAAGACGAAAAUGCCGCUGUGUCCGAUUUAUGGCGGUUUUCCUGUCAAGAUGAUCACUCAUCUUGGCAAACCCAUGACAUUUGACUAUGAUAAUGUCACACCAGAAGAGGUACGCCGGCAAAUCAAACGAGAAGUACGUGCGUUGAUACGGAAGCAUCAACGUCUUCCUGGUAGCAUUAUUCGAGGUAUCGCGCAGCGAUUCCGACCGAAAAAAUCUCCACAGCGUGAGGUGCUGCCAGAGCAGAUUAUCGCUUUUUCAACCAAUCCUUCAUCAGUGGUAAGUCCCAUAGAAAUUCAACGCCUGGUGCUAACGCAUACUGUGUUCAUUUUCAAUGUGGGAUUGAAAUAA